AUGAAACUUCUAGUGUUGACGGCGAUCGUCGCCGUCGUCGCUUCGAAUCCACUAACUGGAAAUGCUAAGUGGCCCUGGCAAGUAGGAAAAGAAUACGUCUAUGAUGUUAAUACUUAUACCUGGACCAAGUUCGACAGUAGCAACAGCAAUGGCAACGCUUUCAAGUCUCAGUUCGUGAUCCGCGUCCUGACUCCUGGACAUCUUCUGGCUAAAUUACAAAACCCCUUAUACGCCCAGAUUCAAGGAGUCCUUGAUAUCAACGAGGUUCCUUCUGACUUGAAAUACGAACCUGUUCCGAAAAUCGACGAGGUUUUCGAAAUUUUCGUUGAUGGAGGUCGAGUGCUUUCUCUGAAAGUACCUUCUAGCUUAUCAUCGGCCAAUGAGAACAUACUCAAAGGUUUGAUCAGUGCCCUCCAAGUCGAUCUAUCUACAUUUGGACAUGUGGACAAUUUCCCCAACAGCUUCGAUAAAAAGACCUUCCAGGGCCUCUUCAAGAAAUCGGAAGCUGAUGUCACAGGCGACUGUGAAACUUUAUAUUCCAUUUCUCCGAUUUCUGUGGAAGUACGUCGUGGCUUGCAAUCUUUUGCUGAAGACCCCAUUGAGAUCACUAAGAGCAAGAACUACGACUCUUGCAAAAAACGUGUCGGUUUAGGCUUUGGUGUCCCAGAAGGAGCAGUCUGGAAUGGACUCGCUUAUGAAAACGAUGAAAGACAGCUCAUCAAGCACACUUCUGAAUCACGCAUUCAUGCUGGUAAACAGGAACGAUCUACAAGUCGGAAACGUUAGACACUGUAUUCGUGAAUCCUCUCUUGUUUGGAAAACAAAAAGCUGAAGUCUACAGUUACGUUGGUCUCGUUUUGUCUUCUGUCGAGACGACAGGAAACACUGAAUGGGAAAAACCUGAAGAGGUCCGUGUAGUCAACUCACUUUUGUCAUCUUAUGGCGCUGAGAUAUUCUUCAAAGUGAGCCCGGAAAACAUUGUCAAUGCCCAAAAAGUUCUCCAAGAAAUCACUCCGCUUCUGCAAGACCCUAGCAAUCUGCCUAAAACCGAAUUUUUAUCAAAGUUCAAUGUCCUUGUUCGCUUUAUCAUGUUUAUGAACUCCGAGCAAUUAACUCAAAUGACUGACGGCAUUGAAGUUGCAAGGACAUCGAAUAAUGCAGCAAAGAACAAAAUGUGGGCUAUCUAUCGUGAUGCCGUUGCCCAAGCCGGAACUGUAGCUGCCUUCAAAGAAUCAAAUCGUGGAUUCUGACCAAAAAAAUUCAAGGCGAAGAAGCUGCUGAAGUAAUUGCAUCUGUACCUAGUAGUCUUGAUUACUCUGACAAAGAAAUCGCAAAUGAAUUUUUUGAACUGGCUUUUAACCCCGAAGUUGUAGAACAAAGGUACCUUAACACUUCAGCUUUGCUAGCCGCUACUAAAUUCAUUCGCUCUGGAAACGAAAACCACUUUGUCGUUGAAAAGGUUAUUCCUCGUCUUGCUUCAGAACUGAAAAAAGCUAUCGAAGAAGAUAACAGCAGCAAGGCUCAGGUUUACAUUAGAACUCUGGGCAACUUAGCUCACCCUGAUAUCUUAAAGGUCUUUGCUCCCUACUUUGAAGGCCAAGUCACUGUUACCAAGUAUCUUCGUACACAAAUGGUAAUUAGCCUGAAAACUUUGGCUAACAAGAAGGACGAAUAUGUUCGCGCCGUACUCUUCAGCAUCCUGAGAAACACUGCGGAACCAUACGAAGUCAGGGUCGCAGCGGCUCUGAACAUCUUCUUAGCUUUCCCCACUUCAGAGAUGAUGCAAAUUAUGGCACAUAUGACUAAUGACGACCCAAGCGUCCAAGUUCGUGGUGUAAUAGCAACCAGUAUUUCUUUUGCAGCUAAUUUGAAGGACCCUCGUUUUGCACAGCUCGCCAAGACCGCUCAAGCUGUUUCGAGUAUCGUCUCUAAGGAAAAAUUCGGGUACCGUGCCUCUGCCGACAGUAUCAUUGAUGAUUACACUUCCAAUGAUGACCUGGCCCACUUUAGGGAAUUGUCUUUCAUCGGAAGCGCCGACAGUGCCACACCCAAGUACCACAGGACAGCACUGAGAUUAAGAGGCAAUGGAUUGACUGAAGAAGACUGGAUGUCAUGGUCUGUUUCUGAUGUACAAAAUCUAAUUUACUCCGUCCUGGAUCUUAUGGUUGCUGACCAAUACAUACAGCCAGAUUUGAAAUACUCGGCCGAGAAAGUAGCCAAAGAACUAAAUAUUAAACGUGAACAUGACCCCAUAGAAGGCGCAUUCUUCAUUGACAAUUUGAAUCAGCAAAGACUUUUUACUUUCGGUCAAAAAGACCUCCGUAGUCUUCUUAGUGAAUACUUUGGAAAAGUCAGUGGACUAUUCUCUGGAAAUGUGAAUCAGUUCACAAAGGUGAUUAUAGCCAAACAAGUUGUAGUCACCUUCCCCCUCGCUGCCGGUUUACCUUUUGUUUACGUGUACAGUGAACCCACUUUGUUCAAUAUCGAUAGCGUAGCUUCAAGAGGCAAGGGUAGUCCAUUCAAUUUUGAUGUCAAAUUCACUUAUUCGAGAAAUUUGGAUGGCAGUGUUGGUUUCUUAGACACUUUCAGCGGAGUAUAUGCCAGAAGUGGUGUUAUCAACAAGUUACAAUACUUCAUCCCUGCGAAGUUUAUUGUUACCCCGACCCUUUAUGCUAAUGUUGAUCUCAAAUUUGAGAUUGAACUACCUGAGAAAGACGCAAACCUUAUUCACAUGAGUGUAUUUCCCUACACAUCUCUGCAAAAACUGUAUUCUGCUUUGGCAGUAUCUGAAGACCCAUCCACAAAAGUCAUUAAACGCUCUACUACAGUUCUGGAUACUGACAUAAAUAUUGGCGAGUCUGCUGGUGUCAGUCUUAACCUGAAAGGACACUCAUAUUCCAAUGAUUUUAAGAAAAAUAUUUUUGCUUCUGACAUUUUGACGAACGUUCGCAACUUGUUGUACCAGAAUGACAUUGCUUGUACACACUUUGAUUUGAAAUACGUAGCUAAGGACACUAAGAACAAAAAAAUUGCUUCUACUGUAUUGUUUGAGACAUUAUUCGAACACGAAGGAGAUGAUGAAUUAAAACCCGCUGGUUACCUCACUGAUCUGAUAGGUAACAGUGUGAAUCGUCGCAAGAAGCUGGCUGAUCAGGCUGCGUCUGGAAUCGAAUAUGCUAAGGUCCGAAUUGCUGAUUUCAGUGUUGUAUUUGAUGGAGAAAACAAAAAAGAAUUUGUACUUACUUCAGCCUUAGCUACCAACCCAUUAGACAAUAACGUCCAAGCGAUUGUAUAUGCUAAUGGUUGCGUGCCAAUCAAUGCCGUUUUCAAAAUAGUCAAGCCCAAAACUAUUCCACUGAACUUUGAGAAGGCUCUUAAGAAUGAAAUUAAGGUAGAAUACGAAGUGGACUUCAAGUACGGAAACUCUGAAAACAUCGUUUUCAAAGGUAUUGGUGAACGUAGCAAGGAAUACACUGAAAGAUUAUCCAAUGAUCCUUUAGCUAAGAAAUGCCUACAAGAGACCAGUAACAAGAACUUCUACCAGAAGGAUUGUCACAAAAUGAUCAUCAAGGCACACGCACCUGACUACUUUAAGGGUACUGUGACAUACAAAGAUGUUAACCCUGUGCUGUUGAAUGCCACCUACAAAAUAUACAAUAUUUUCAAACACUUUACGACUUGGGAAGAGGACGAGGACCUGAUGAAGGCUACCGAAGAUGGUAAAGUAGAAAUUGAAGCACAGGCGUUCUACUAUGAUAACUACAUCAACUACAAAUUCAACACCAAGUAUGGAGAGUUCCGCAUGAACAAUGUCGAGGGACGUUCCUACUACCCCUACGCUAUGGCUAUCUACACGCCCAUUACCCACUGGGAGCGUUCCUACAACUGGUUCACUGGCUACCAACAUUUGCCUUUCUGUACGGUGGACGACAACAAGAUUUGGACGUUCAGCGGCCGCAGUUACGACUACAGUCUGACCGGAUCAUGGCAUGUUGCUAUGGUGGACGAAUCUGGAGAGAACGGCAACAAACUAGUCAUCCUAGUUAAGAGGCCUGGUGACAACCAAGAGGAGGUCUACGUGUCUUACACUACUAAAUCGGGUUACUACGUUGAGAUUCAGAUUAAUUCCAAGACUUACGAAGUCACCAGUAACGCUAAGCAGGUCGCUGAAAAUGCGGUCACCACAUAUUUUGACGAAAUAUUCAAGGUUCCGCUUGUGGAGUACUACUACUCCAUCGAGGACGACUACCAAGUAUACAGCUUGAACAACGGAGCCAUUCGUUUCAUUUACGACGACCACCGCCUUGUCAUAUUCUCCGACGACCACCGCAGCACCACCAGGGGUCUCUGUGGACAGAGCACUUCCCAACCCAGCGACGACUACAUGACACCUUAUGGUCUGGUGGACCUCCCUGAGCACUACGGAGCUUCUUUCUCCUUGGAAGAUGAAGAAAGCGACCCUAAAACCGUGGAGCUGAAGAAGGAAGCCAAAGUGAAGGCGUACCAACCUGUCACUGAGUACACCAACAUUCUUCGCUCCGAUGAUGAGUGGAGCAAGAUCAAAAACGAAUCCAUUAAAGAAUUGUAA